AUGGACUUGCAGACCCAAGCGGUCGCAUAUUAUGUGAAUGUUCAUCUGCAGACGUCAACCAUUGCACCACAUGUCGCGCAGGGCUUAGCUGAAUGCGUUUCGUUCUGGUCCGCUGGUGGUGAUACAUGUCCCAUGGUAGAUCUGGCUCUCACUACGGUUUCGCUCGCUGUAUUCGCGCGUAUCCAAAGACAUCCAGCAGCAGCAUCGAUAGCGUCUUCUAAAUAUCACCGACUGCUCCAGCUCGCACAAUUGAGGAUAUCUUCAUUAGCCGAACACUACGUUGAUGGAUCUUUACUCACGGUAUUUCUGAUGGGUCGCUACGAAGCGCUCAAUUUGCCACAAAUUCGUGUCGACUCUCAGACUUCCUUCGAAUCGCUCCAUAGUUGGUCACAUCAUGAUGGUGCCAUGGCGGUUUUGAGCAUGUGGUACGAGACUCCUGGCCGUAAGGCUGCCUCCUUGAUCAUUAGAAAUACGAGGAGAGAUGCUCUCAGAUCUUGCAUACUUCGUAGUAGGCGAGUGCCAGACUGGUUAACAGAUGGCGAGAUCUUUGGUGAGACAAGGGAAGAAGCACAUUGUGAUUUGCUCGUCGUUCGUAUAGCAAAUUUAUACGCAGAAACUCGCUUGCUUCAACGAGAGCGCCAACCGCAAAUAUCGAGAGUGUUGGCCCUGAGCGAUGAAGCUCGGGAUUUAGAUAAAUCUCUCGUCGGGUGGCCAGAAACUUUGCCCCCCUCAUGGUCAUAUCAGCAACACCAAAUUCCGGGGCAGGAGCAAACACCUAAAAGCCACUUCUAUUCAUCCUCCGUGUAUAGCUACUCGAAUCAUGGCAUAGGCGCGAUAUGGUGUCAAUACUUCUCUACAAGGAUGUUUCUCGCCAGUAUCAGAUUGAAGAUUCUCAACCUCAAUUAUCCUACUCCAUCAUUCAGCCUCAUGUACGAGCUCCAGCGAUUGAAGUGCACCAACUUGAUCAACUCCAUGUCGGCCGGUCUGGCCGCGAGCAUACCUUUUUGCCUGGAGAGGUUUGAAUUCUCGCCGAAUGCUUGUCCAAUCGGUGACCAGGACUCAAUAAUUGUGAAGGCAGACAAGCAAGUGGACCCAAGUCUUGCUACCCUGGUGGUAUGGCCAUUAGGACUUGGUGGAAGCCUGCCAGAAGUUGAUCCGGACUACGGACAAUGGUUCAAGUCCCAAUUGGCACAUCUUGGUCGAGUGACGGGCGCAGGCGUGCUCGAAUGCGCAGAGAAUCAGGAGUGGGCGACUCUCUAA